AGAAAUCAAAAGGAAGGAGAGACUGGUUGAAAGCACAAACCCUCCUCACUUCAACGCCUCUCCUCCCUUUCCACACAUAGCUUCGCUCCCACACCCUCACACACCCCAUGUCUUCUGGAGGAGGAGGAGAUCGCCAUGCCCCCUACCAGCAGCACGGUCACGGCCACCUCGCCCGCGGCGACCGCGGCGCUGAUGAUUACGUGUACAACAGCAGUGACAUGGAAAGUUUCUUCUUCAGCCAGCUGCCGAGUGGCGUCGGUGGUGGUGGCGCCACCGGCGUCGGCGGUGCCGACGAGAUCAUGCCGUACUCCAGCAUCACGGACUACCUGCAGGGGUUCUUGGAUCCCUCCGGGCUAGCUCGGCACCUCGACGUACCUGGCCCGUCGUCUCAGGAUACGCCGGUCAAGCAGGAGCUGUCGGUGGAUGUGACGAGUCACGACAGCCAGGGCACCGGCGGUGUGGCCGGAGAAGGCGUGGCGCAGGCGACGCCCAACUCAUCGGCGUCCUUCUCGUCCAGCGACGGAGAGGCCGAGGGCGGGAAAUCACGCCGGUGCAAGAAGGGCCAUGCGAAGGCGGAGGACGAGAAAGAUGAGGAGGAUGGAGAGAACUCCAAGAAACCGAAUAAGCCCAAGAAGAAAGCUGAGAAGAGGCAGCGGCAGCCGCGGGUCGCCUUCCUCACCAAGAGCGAGGUUGAUCACCUUGAGGACGGCUAUCGGUGGCGCAAGUACGGCCAGAAGGCCGUCAAGAACAGCCCAUACCCGAGGAGCUACUACCGCUGCACGACGCCCAAGUGCGGGGUGAAGAAGAGGGUGGAGCGGUCGUACCAGGACCCGUCGACGGUGAUCACGACGUACGAAGGGCAGCACACGCACCACAGCCCGGCCAGCCUCCGCGGCGGGGGCGCCGGAGGGCACCACCUCUUCAUGCCCGGCGGCUUGCACGGCCUGCCGCCGCCGUCGCACCUCAUGCCGGCGGGGUUCCACCCUGAACUGAUGGGCCUAAUGCACCACUACCCCAUGGCGGCCGCCGCCGCGAACCCUAGCAUGUACUUGCCAGGCGUAGCUGCUCCGCCUCCUGCGGCUGCAGAUGCAAUGUCCACGGCCCCUCCUCUUCAGCAGCAUCACUUCACCGACUACGCCCUCUUGCAAGACCUCUUCCCUUCAACAAUGCCCAGCAACGCCCAUGACUAACUUCAAUUCUAUACACAAAUAUACUACUUAACUAGCACCCGGAUAUAGGAAGAGAGAAUUUAUCAAGAUGCUUUUCAAACAGUGGAGGAGCUGCGCCAAAAUGUGAUCUACGUACCACAGUGAGUGCUCGAGCUUGGUCUUUGUGAGAAUAUAUAAUUGGUAUUAAUUAAUUGAUUUCGAUCUGCAAGCUUCCAUCUUGAAACGUAUAACCUGUACGUGUGUGUGCACUGCAUGCUUUUUCUCUCUUCCAUUUGUCAACACCUCCCUGGUUACAAACUGAACGGAUCAGUAGAGAUGGACGCUACAACUUUAUAACUAUAUAGAACGGCUUCCACUUAAUUCUUCAGCUAGCCCUUUUCCGUUACUAUUCUACACCUCGACUUAUUGUACAUGUACUAAUGUAUAUCAUGUGUACCUCAUUGACUCAUUUCGGAGAGAGGAAAUCAAUAGUUUUCACAUUAAUGUUGCUUAA